GAGCGAUCGAACGAACGGGAAAUACAUAAAGGCUGACCUUGGUGCGCUGCACUUCGUCGGCGGUGGUGCUCCGGGAUCGCCACGAGACACGUACGACUCCCGACGGCCGGCGUGGUGCCGACGAAACGGUGAACGCGAUUCUCCCUGCCAUGGACGUCUCCGCGUUCUCCGAGGACAGUUUUGACGUGAAGGAAUGGAUCAACCGGACGUUCAAGUCUGCCGAGGCGCAGGAGAACAAAGACGCUUUUGUUUCAUCAUUGGUGAUGAAGCUGCAAUUGUAUGUACAACAAGUCAAUGGUGCCUUGGAGGAAACCAGUCAAUCAGUACUCUCUAGCUUGCCAAGGAUUUUAAGAGACACUCAACUUUUACAGCAGGAAACACUAGCACUAAGAGAGAAAAUGGUUGCAGUCAAACAAGAGAUUGCUAAGGUAGAGAAAGAUACCGCUUCUUCCAUGGCAAUGUUGGAAAAGAUUGACAGGAUAAAAACAGAACUACAAAAUGCUAAACAAGGUUUGCACGAGGCUGACAAUUGGACAGUGCUAGCGAAUGAUGUGGAGGAGGUGUUUGAGUCAGGAGAUAUAGAAGCUAUUUCUAAUAAAUUGUACAGCAUGCAAAAAUCUCUGGCCAUGUUAGCUAACGUGGUCGAUUACGAGGAUAAAAAGCUGCAACUGGAAGGUUUGAAGAAUCGCCUCGAAGCAAUAGCUAGUCCACGAUUAGUCCAAGCGUUUACUGCUGCUAAUUUAGAGCAAUCCAAAAUUUACGUGGACAUUUUUAGCAAGAUGGAACGUCUUCCUCAGCUCCUCAAAUACUAUCACAAUUGUUUGAAGGUCUCCUUGGGGCAAGAGUGGAGACGCAGUAUUGAACUAGCUCAGGACGAGAACGUUACAUAUUGGUUACACACAUAUUACGAUAAACUGUUAUCCUCCUGGCACGAGCAGGUGAAAUGGUGCCACCAAGUGUUUCCCAAUACUUCGAUAGAUAUCCUCGUCGAGGUCUACGGUGAUCUUUUGAGAAGCCUAGAUCCUAGUAUUCCGGAAUGUAUAGAGGCGGUUCUGAAACAACACUCUAACGCGGUACAAUUGUCCAUACUAUUAGAACUGAAACAGAUGACGAAACACUUCGCCGUGAAUCUGAACGGUGCUAUCGAAACGUCGCUUCGCGGGAAAUUGCAGAAUGAAAAGUUACUGCUGUUAGCGCAGGCAGUAUAUGCACCUUACGUCCCUUACGUCGCCAAGUACAGUACGUUCGAGACCGCGCAGCUAGAACAGCAACUUCAGUUUUUGGAUCAUUCACAUGACGACUUGAGUGAUACUAUUAAUUCCCUUUCGCUUAGUAUUUCGCGGGUCAUGGGCUACGCCAACGAAGCCAAUAAACGGUGUAAACUUUUCACGGAAGGUUGUGGAUAUUCCGGUUUACUGCACUCGUUAAACAUUUACUUCAACAAAUAUCUAGAAAAAUAUCAGCAAGGCCUGAGGCAACUCGAACGAAGGAAGGUGAAACACGAAGAUUGGAAUUUAUUUCAAAUGUGUCUUACGUUAAUGCAAACUAUAGGUGAUCUCUUACAUCAGGUGCAACAGUUCGAAAAGUCAUUAGUGAUCGACAUCACGGAAGCUAACAAUAAGUUACAAAGUACAAAUGGCAGUGUUUUCUGUCAUUAUAAGAAAUUGUUGCUGAAUGUUUCGGGACGCGCCGAUCUGGAAAAUUUAAUUGCAUCUUUUCAAAGAGAGGACAAGACAAUUCUCGAUUCAAUCAUAAAGUCAAUUCAAAAACUCUGUUCCGAUUUGCACCAUACAACGUACGAAGUUAUUUUCGCCCCAAUAUUUUCUCAACUGUUGUUAGUGCAAAAAGCACCAGCCUGGUCGUUGGAGACUAACAAAAUGUCCAAUUUGAGUUCGGAUCUGCCCGAUUACAGCUUUGCUCCGCAAGAAUAUAUUACGCAAGUUGGGCAAUAUUUAAUGACGUUACCACAGCACUUGGAACCAUUCUUACUGAGGGACAAUCCGUGUUUAACGCAAGCUUUGAAGGCAGCAGAUCCCCAAUACGCCCAAGGAUUGACUGAAUCGGGAUUCACCGGCAUACUCUUGGACAUCGUUGCUCGAGGAACGUGCCAAAUGUUUCAGGAUCAGACCUUGAGUAUUUGUCAAUUGAACUCUGUUGCCUGCAAGCAGCUUGCAACGGAUAUCGACUACCUCGGUAAUGUAUUCGAAGAGCUUGGUCUGAGUUUAUCGGAGAAUCUACAACAUAUGUCAUUAUUGCUGAGAUUGCCACCGGAAGAUUAUCAGAACGGUAGUUCUGGGUGCAAUGCCCGUGUUGUGGCCGCUGUCAGACAAAUGCGUAAUAUUACGUCUUCCGGCUGACACAAACCGCAUUCAACACAGGAUAGUGUUAUAACGUCGGAAUUUUCUCUCGACGUAUUUUCGACCAAGCAGUGAUCGUUCAUAAAGUUUAUCCAAUUAUUUUCCUAACUUAAUCUUAUACUGCGAUUACAGAUUAUUCUAUUUAAAAAAAAAAACAUCACUUUAUCGAUGAAUAAUACUAUUCAAAAUAUGUUAUGUUACUUGAAAAUAAAGAUUUGUUUGAUAUGUUAUCGAGUGAUGCUCUUUAGAAAUAAAUAGUUUAAUCUGUCUGUUCUCUCUCUGAACUUGAUUCAUUUAUCAGAUAUCUCGAUUGUGCUGUAUAUAUUAACUAUAAUAUGUAGUAAUUAGUACAUGAUAAAAACACUAA